GCCUCCCCCGGAUUUGGAUCCUGGUUUCCAGUGCUAAGAACACAAAGUGAUGAAGGUGAAGGAGGAGAAGGCUGGGGUGGGAAAGCUGGACCCUACUAACUACAGGAGGAGGUACCUGGAUCAGAAAGGGUCUCCAGCUGCUGAGCAGCUCCAGGACAUCCUGGGGGAGGAAGAUGAGGCUCCCAACCCCACCCUCUUCACAGAGAUGGACACUCUGCAGCACGACGGGGACCAGAUGGAGUGGAAGGAGUCAGCCAGGUGGAUAAAGUUUGAAGAAAAGGUGGAGGAAGGAGGCGAGCGCUGGAGCAAGCCCCACGUGUCCACGCUGUCCCUGCACAGCCUCUUCGAGCUCCGCACCUGCCUGCAGACGGGGACGGUGCUCCUGGAUCUGGACGGCGGCUCCCUGCCACAGAUCAUAGAUGACGUCAUUGAGAAGCAGAUCGAGGACGGGCUCCUGCGGCCGGAGCUCCGGGAGAGGGUCAGCUAUGUCCUCCUGAGGAGGCACCGUCACCAAACCAAGAAGCCCAUCCACCGCUCCUUAGUCGACAUUGGAAAGUCGGUUUCCACCACGAAUCGCAGCCCUGCCCGGAGCCCCGCGGCCGGCCCGAGUCUCCACCACUCCACCGAGGACCUGCGGAUGCGGCAAAGCGCGGGUUACGGCCGUCUGUGUCACGCCCAGAGCAGAAGCAUGAAUGACAUUUCUCGAACCCCAAACACAGACCAGCGGAAAAACAAAUUUAUGAAGAAGAUCCCCAAGGACUCAGAAGCCUCCAACGUGCUGGUGGGUGAGGUGGACUUCCUGGACCAGCCGUUCAUCGCAUUCGUGCGUCUCAUCCAGUCCGCCAUGCUGGGCGGGGUGACCGAGGUGCCCGUCCCCACCAGAUUUCUGUUCAUACUACUGGGACCUUCCGGGAGAGCAAAAUCCUACAAUGAAAUUGGCCGUGCCAUCGCCACCCUCAUGGUAGACGAUCUCUUCAGCGACGUGGCCUAUAAAGCCCGCAAUCGGGAAGAUCUGAUCGCAGGGAUCGAUGAGUUUCUGGAUGAGGUCAUCGUUCUUCCCCCUGGAGAAUGGGACCCAAAUAUCCGAAUUGAGCCCCCCAAGAAAGUGCCCUCUGCUGACAAGAGGAAAUCUGUGUUCUCCCUGGCGGAGCUGGGCCAGAUGAACGGCUCUGUAGGAGGAGGUGGCGGAGCGGCUGCAGGAGGCGGCAGUGGUGGAGGAGGAGGUGGCGGCGGGGCUGGCAGCAGUGGAGCCAGUGGAGCGAGCGGCGGGGAUGAUGGAGAGAUGCCAGCCGUGCACGAAAUCGGGGAGGAGCUUAUCUGGACAGGAAGGUUCUUCGGUGGCCUGCGUCUGGACAUCAAGAGGAAGCUGCCCUGGUUCCCAAGUGACUUCUACGAUGGUUUCCACAUCCAGUCCAUCUCUGCCAUCCUAUUCAUCUACCUCGGCUGUAUCACCAACGCGAUCACCUUUGGUGGGCUUCUGGGGGAUGCCACCGACAAUUAUCAGGGAGUGAUGGAGAGCUUCCUGGGCACUGCCAUGGCCGGCUCCUUGUUCUGCCUCUUCUCGGGACAGCCUCUCAUCAUCCUCAGCAGCACGGGGCCCAUCCUCAUCUUCGAGAAGCUCCUCUUUGACUUCAGCAAAGGCAACGGCCUGGACUACAUGGAGUUCCGCCUCUGGAUUGGCCUCCACUCAGCCAUCCAGUGCCUUGUCCUGGUGGCCACGGACGCCAGCUUUAUCAUCAAAUACAUCACCCGCUUCACCGAGGAGGGCUUCUCCACCCUCAUCAGCUUCAUCUUCAUCUACGAUGCCAUCAAGAAGUUGAUCGGUGCCUUCAGGUACUACCCCAUCAACGUGGACUUCAAGCCCGACUCCAUCACCACCUACAAAUGCGAGUGCGUCGCCCCUGACACAGUGAAUACAACCGUGUUCAAUGCUUCAGCCCCGCUGGCACCGAACACCAACGCUUCUCUGUACAACCCCCUUAACCUCACAGCGCUGGACUGGUCCCUGCUGAGCAAGAAGGAGUGUCUGAGCUACGGCGGGCGCCUGCUCGGGAAUUCCUGCCAGUUCAUCCCAGACCUGGCGCUCAUGUCCUUCAUCCUUUUCUUCGGGACAUACUCCAUGACCCUGACCCUGAAGAAGUUCAAAUUCAGCCGCUAUUUUCCUACCAAGCCCACGAGGCCUGACCGAGGCUGGUUCGUGGCCCCCUUUGGGAAGAACCCGUGGUGGGUGUACCCUGCGAGCAUCCUGCCCGCCCUGCUGGUGACCAUCCUGAUCUUCAUGGACCAGCAGAUCACAGCUGUCAUUGUCAACCGGAAGGAGAACAAGCUGAAGAAGGCUGCUGGCUACCACCUGGACCUGUUCUGGGUGGGCAUCCUCAUGGCCCUGUGCUCCUUCAUGGGGCUCCCCUGGUACGUGGCCGCCACGGUCAUCUCCAUCGCCCACAUCGACAGUCUCAAGAUGGAGACAGAGACCAGCGCCCCGGGAGAGCAGCCCCAGUUCCUGGGGGUCAGGGAACAGAGAGUGACAGGCAUCGUCGUCUUCAUCCUGACAGGAAUCUCCGUCUUCCUGGCUCCCAUCCUGAAGUACAUUCCCAUGCCGGUGCUGUACGGAGUCUUCCUCUACAUGGGCGUGGCCUCCCUCAACGGCAUCCAGUUCUGGGAACGCUGCAAGCUCUUCCUGAUGCCCGCCAAGCACCAGCCAGACCAUGCCUUCCUGCGGCACGUGCCCCUGCGCCGGAUCCACCUCUUCACCCUGGUGCAGAUCCUCUGCCUGGCGGUGCUCUGGAUCCUCAAGUCCACCGUGGCUGCCAUCAUCUUCCCAGUCAUGAUCCUGGGCCUCAUCAUUGUCCGAAGGCUUCUGGACCUCAUCUUCUCCCAGCACGAUCUGGCCUGGAUUGACAACAUCCUCCCGGAGAAGGACAAAAAGGAGACAGACAAGAAGAAGAAGAGGAAAAAAGGGGCCCAUGAGGACUGUGAUGAGGAGCCCCAGUUCCCUCCUCCCUCAGUUAUAAAGAUUCCCAUGGAAAGUGUCCAAUCAGAUCCCCAAAACGGUAUCCACUGCAUUGCCAGAAAAAGAUCUUCCAGUUGGAGUUACUCAUUCUGAUUCUUCCUUCAGUGACUCAGAACUCGAUCGCAG